AUCCCGGCUGCAGCCCCUCGUCCUCCGCCGCCUCGCCUCCCCGUGCGCGGCGCACACGGAAUUGGGUCGGGGGGCGCGCUCUCCCAGGCUCCGCCGGCGGCUCCUUCCAGCCCGGGGUUGGGAACAAAGGAAGGCGAGCUCGGGCUGGUGGUUGCUCUCCGACCGGGAUGAAGGGCUUCCCUUCCUAAACCCGGGACUGGACGGAGCGCAGAGAGCGAGCCUGGCCGGAGAUCCGAGCAGGGGAUCAUCCGGGAGCAGAUCGAUGGAUGGCGCUGCCUGGCAUGAAGCUUCUUUGCAGCCGAUCCGGAGCGAGGGGGAAUCUCCAGGGUCCGGGGAUCCCGUCUUGAGCGGCUUCCCUUUGUUGGGAGAAAGGUUUACAUCAUGAUUCUGUGGCCGCAAGCUUUCAACCAACAGAAGAUGCUUCUUGAAGCAGUGGGGGAUUCCUGAACUUCAGUACAUGGAUGCUACUUAAUUUUGCUUCACCAAGCGCAGCGCUGGAAUGGGAAAUCACAGCAACAACCAUACCUGCGUGAUCGAUGAUUCCUUCAAGUACAACCUCUAUGGAGCUGUCUACAGUGUGGUCUUCAUCCUUGGCUUAAUCACCAACUGUGCCUCUUUGUUUGUCUUCUGGUUCCGCAUCAAAAUGCGGAGCGAGACAACCAUUUUCAUGACCAACCUGGCAGUCUCAGACUUGCUCUUCGUCUUCACUCUCCCAUUCAAGAUCUUCUACAAUUUCAACAGGAACUGGCCCUUUGGAGACCCUCUGUGCAAGAUCUCAGGAACAGCCUUCUUGACCAACAUCUACGGAAGUAUGCUAUUCCUCACCUGCAUCAGUGUAGACCGCUUCCUCGCUAUUGUCUACCCCUUCCGGUCUCGUUUGGUUAGGACAAGACGUAAUUCAGCAAUUGUGUGUGCAGGGGUAUGGGUUUUGGUACUCAGCGGAGGGAUCCUGGCAUCCUUGUUUUCCACAACUAAUACCACCAAUGGCAUAACAACAUGUUUCGAAGGGUUUCCCAAAGACGUAUGGAAGACCUACCUGUCCAAGAUUACAAUAUUUAUUGAAGUGGUUGGCUUUAUCAUUCCCCUUCUGCUCAACCUUACAUGUUCAUCGCUGCUUCUGAGGACCCUCAGGAAGCCUGCCACCCUCUCCCAGAUUGGCACGAACAAAGAAAAGGUGCUCAAGAUGAUAAUCGUGCACGUCACCAUCUUCGUGGUGUGCUUUGUCCCCUACAAUUCCAUCCUUUUCCUUUAUGCCCUUGUACGUUCUCAAGCUGUAGCCAACUGUUCUCUGGAGACCUUCGCCAAAACCUUCUACCCAAUCACCCUGUGCAUUGCCACUCUCAACUGUUGCUUUGAUCCUUUCGUCUACUACUUCACUUCAGAAUCCUUCCAGAAAUCGUUCUACGUCAUUCCUCAUCUCAAAACAGAUUCCCUUUUCAAAACCGAAACUCCUCUAACGAAAGUUCCCCUGCCACCAAUACAGGAGGAGAUGAGUGACCAGAUGAUUACGAAUGGGGGAGACCUGACCUGUGAAUCCAAUUUUUAACCCUGAAGCUUUCUGCACUAACGGUAGGAUAGGCAUUGAACUGCAGAGAACUUGGUAUUAACUCAGUAGGUGGGAAUUAGAUAGAACAAGUAUGUAUGAAAAGUCAAGCAGAUGCUCUUCCUUCUGAAAACAUAUCCUCGUGUUUUAACUCCAGUAACGUAUGCACAUUUGGCUUUUGAAGCAUCAGAAUAAUAAAAUAUUUCAUCUUGUCCUUA